CCUGCAUAAACAAGUCAUUUGGGACACUUCCAUGACUCCAGUGGCAUCUACACUGAAGCAGCCUACCUCUACUUGCCCUGUUGCUGUGCGCUUUUCUUGGCCACGUCGAAGCCUCUGCGCGAGUGUCGCAUUCUGGUGCGCAACUCCAGCUUCUGUUUGUGACGAGGCGGGAAAUGGCGUCCGCUCUCGGGCUUGAGCUGUGACUGUCGGAGCAGCAAACGCAGCAGACAGCGACAACCACGGCCCGACCGCUCUCUGGGGCCGCCUCAGCUGCGGCCAGAAGCUGACAUCGCGGUGUGACUGAGAAGCGCUUCCCAGAUCAUCGAGUUUCUAUGUGACGUUGGGGCACAAUGAGGCUGAGAGUGCGUAAAGCUCCUCAGCAGCCAAACUUGGGCCUUCGCUCCCAUCUGCCCCAGGGCAAAAGGAAGCGCUGCGCAGUGGAGCCAUCACCUGUGAGAAACCGAGGCAAGAUGCAGAAGAAUGAGACAGGCCUCCUCUCCACCAUUAAAAAAUUCAUCCGAGGGAAUGCGGUUAAGAUGGAACAGGAAAUCCCUGCCAAGAAGAGUCGUAUUGAUUGUAACUCUGACAGUUUAAUCACUUCAACACCACAAACUAGAGGCCUUGCCAACAAAGGAGUCACCAAAGUUUGUAGAAAAAGUCCCAAUAAAGAUACACUUGCCCUAAAAAAUAAACCUCUAAAACCAAAUGGAAAACUAGAGACCCCUGUUGAAGAAGAGAACAGUCCUCCUCGUACCACUUUGCUUGGGACCAUCUUUUCUCCUGUCUUCAACUUUUUCUCACCAGCAACAAAACUAGCCACUCCUGGGUCAGACUCUCCGGGCCAAGCAAUGGAGGCAGAGGAGAUCAUGAAGCAGCUGGACAUCGAGCCAGCAGAGGAGAUGCCGAGUAGCACUCUCACCUCCACAGAGAGCAUCACUCUUUGCCACAGUAACACUGCGUUACCCACAAGGCUCCACAUCAGCACUGACUCCAUUGAAGAAGGGGAGAUCGUCACAGAAACAGAUAUGCCUCCGCUAACGGCUCCUGGUUGUAUUCCAGAAGGAGGUUAUCCUCACCCUUUAUCUCCAGUUCCUGUAGAAACUUCAUAUGAGGAUGACUGGGAAGUAUUUGAUCCCUACUUCUUUAUCAAGCAUGUGCCUCCAUUGAAUGAGGAGCAGUUGACGCGUAAACCAGCACUACCUUUGAAAACGCGCAGCACUCCUGAGUUUUCCCUCGUUUUGGACUUGGAUGAAACACUGGUUCACUGUAGUUUGAAUGAACUUGAAGAUGCAGCUCUUACUUUUCCUGUGCUCUUUCAAGACGUCAUAUACCAGGUAUAUGUUCGGUUAAGGCCCUUUUUCCGAGAGUUUCUUGAACGCAUGUCUCAGUUGUACGAGAUAAUUCUCUUUACUGCUUCAAAGAAAGUGUAUGCAGACAAGUUACUAAACAUCCUGGAUCCAAAAAAACAGCUGGUGAGACACAGACUAUUUCGAGAACAUUGUGUGUGUGUCCAAGGAAACUACAUCAAAGACCUCAACAUCCUUGGACGGGAUCUGUCCAAGACUGUAAUCAUUGACAACUCACCCCAAGCCUUUGCCUACCAGCUUUCUAAUGGGAUUCCUAUUGAGAGCUGGUUUGUUGAUAGAAAUGAUAAUGAACUUUUGAAGUUAAUCCCUUUUCUUGAGAAACUUGUGGAACUGAAUGAAGACGUCAGACCGCAAAUCCGGGAGCGGUAUCGUUUGCACGACCUGCUUCCUCCAGACUGAGAUAAUGCAAAAGAACUGAAAGUUAUGUUUUAAGUCAAAAGUUGUGUAUGUUUUUAUACAAAUCAGAACAAGCAGAUGUACUUUCUCUUUGCUCGUAACUUUAUGUGCGACCUUGAAGUCGAAGAAUGACAAAACUGAAUGUCAAGUGUUAGGUUUUAUGGACCUUGUAGGCUUCAGCCUGACAUUGAGCGGCCAGUCAAACCUGUAAAAUAUUCACUAUUUACUUGUAAAUAUGUGUAAAUAAUGUUUUCUUCAAGGUUUCUAAGUCUUUUUAUUUUCAAAAUUUUAGUAGCUGUUCUUUAACUUGCUUUUUUAAAUGACAAAUGUGUGCAUUUUGUUGAAGUUGCUUGUUUUGUUGUAUGCCUGCGACGCGUUAUUCCUGUGAUGCUGUUCUCCAUUACAUGCAGUUGUCAGUGAUCAGGUGCAGUUUUAAAAAAAACAAAUGUAUAUUUUAAAAGCUGUAAUGUAACAUAGAUUAGGUCUCAACUGAAUACCAAGCCAUAGUGGCCCAAAAUUAUUUUGUGGGGGAUUUGUAUGGACAAGUUUCUGAAGACCUUAUGACCAGUUUGAAGGGUUUGGGACUGGGUGUGGGAUUUGGGGGGGGUCAGACAUCUUGCACUUUGACAUCCAGCCCUUUGUAAGUUAAUGUAAAAUCUUGUCAUUUUCUACACAGGUGUGCAUCACCUCAACUUUGUUAUGAGGUUUAAAAAAAUAAAUUGUAGCACCAGCAAUUGCCAACAUGUUUGCUUCUUGUUUUUCAAGGCGACUUGUUUGUGGGAUCUUUACAAUGUAGGACUUUUAUUGACUAUUGAAUGAGCUCUCCAGUUGUAUUCAGUGUUACUCAGUGGUUUCCUUGAAAAUAAAUAACAUUUUAUACAA